AUGUCGUUUGCAGAGCACAUCGAUCAUUUCGUGUCUCUCUGUAAUGAUGAGAAUGCAACUUUACAAUCAAAACAUACCGAGUUAUCGGAAGUUUGUGAUGCUAUUGAAUUAUUGAAUUCCCAAGACGAUUAUGAAGGGUUUUUAAAGGCAGUCAUACCUGUACUGUUAAAAGAAUUGAAUACUGUUUCGUGCAAUUUCAAUACUGCUUCUGCAGAACAUAAAUUUAGAAAUUCAAUACUUGACAUUUUAAAUAGAUGUCCAAUGAAUGAGUUGUUUGAACCACAUGUCGAUGUUGUGCUGGACAGUUUAAUUAAAAUUUUACCUGAAGAAAAUGAAGAAAACGGUGUAUUGUGUAUGAAGGUAUUAACUGCAUUGUUUAAAUCUUAUAAACAUAUAUUACAGGAUAAGGUCCCUCUUUUCAUAGAUAUAAUAUCAAAAGUUUACAAGGACACCCCACAGCUUGUUCUAGAUAUAUUUUCAGAGGAAAAAGAGGACGAUAACAUGUUGGAAUUGGAAGAAAAUCCAGAUGACAAUCUUUUGGAAGAUUCUUCUAUAUAUUCUCAAUCUAAUUCUUUGACUGAUGAUAAUAAGGGAGAUUCUUUUGAUGCUGUGACAAACUCUAAAGCACAAAGUUCAAUGCAUUCGUUUAAAAUCUUAGCUGAGUGUCCAAUUACUAUGGUUACUCUUUAUUCAUCUUAUAGACAGUUGACGAGCGUUUCCUUACCUGAGUUCACACCUUUGGUCAUGGAUCUAUUAAACAUUCAAAUUGAACAACAAAAAAAGUCUCGUGAAGAAGCUGAAGCCAAUGGUAAAAGAUUUAUCUCAGUUUCGCCAAAUAUUAAAAACCGUCCAGCCUUUUUCGAUUUCAUUUUGGCUCAAAUUAAAGCAAUCUCAUUUUUAGCAUACAUUUUCAUUAGAGGUUAUGCACCAAAUUUCCUACAAAAUUAUGUAGAACAAGUACCAGAUCUUAUUAUCAGACUAUUACAAGAUUGCCCUUCAAAAUUAUCUUCAGCUAGAAAGGAAUUACUUCAUGCUACAAGACAUAUUUUGUCAACUAACUACAAGAGUUUAUUUCUACCUAAACUUCACGAUUUAUUUGAUGAAUCCGUUUUAAUUGGUACUGGAUUCACCACCCAUGAAACCCUUAGACCGUUAGCAUAUAGUACUAUAGCCGACUUUAUUCACAAUAUCAGAGCUGAAUUACAAUUAAAUGACAUUGAGAAAACAAUAAAAAAGUAUACAAAUUAUAUGCUUGAUCCAACGCUGGCUUUAACUGUCCAAAUAAUGAGUGCAAAGUUGUUAUUGAAUUUAGUGGAGAGAAUAUUAAAAUUAGGUAAAGAAAAUCCACAGGAGGCACAAAGGGCAAAAAAAUUGCUAAUGACAAUAAUCGAUGCAUACACAAAAAGAUGUCAUAUGAUUAAUAUGAAAUAUGAUUCCAUUUUGAAAUCUAGUGAAGAAUACGAACAAAAGAAAAGGGAAAAAGCCAAGGAAUUACAAAAUUCAGCAUUUAAUGAUAAUAGUUAUUCUAAAGAAUUUAUGGACAAACUUUUCUUAAUAGAGGACUCAAAUAAUAAUGAGAGUGAUCAAUCCGAUGAUAAAAACAAAACUGAAGACAAUGAAGAUGAAUCUUUUAAAAAUGAAGGGAAUGAGAAGGAGGACGUUGUGUUUAAUAAAUUUGAUUUAAAAUCCUAUACGCCUAUUCAAAUUGUACCAGACUCAACUAAUGACCCAAUAAAAGAUGCCUUUUAUUUAUAUCGAACAUUGAUGUCCUUUUUGAAAACUAUUAUUCACGAUUUGAAAGUUUUUAAUCCACCAUAUAAUGAAUAUACUGCGGCAAAUCCAAAGUUAUGGGCUUCAGUAUCAAGAGGUUUCUCUUAUGAAGAGGUCUUAGUUUUUAAGAACUUGUUUCAUGAGUGUAUAAUUGGAUUGAAAUUUUUUUCAGUCCUGAUAAAAAACCUAAUCAGUCACGAAAAACAUUUUGAUAUCACAAUGCCCAGUUUACCAGUUUCCGCUACUAAAGAUGGAAGAGAGUUAAUGGAUUACUUAGCAAUAAUGUUCAUACAGUUAGAUAGUUCAACAUUCAAUGAAAUAAUUGAAUCAGAGAUUGAGUUCAUGUAUGAAUCAAUGUUGAAUGAUUCUGCAUUAUUAUAUGUUGCUCAAUCAUUCUUAACCAGUGAAACUACAUCUCCUAAUUUUGCUGGAAUUUUGUUAAGAUUUUUAAAAAAGAAUUUAAAGGAUUUGGGGAAUAUAGAUUUUAAUGAAUCCAAUAUUUUAAUCAGACUUUUCAAACUUUCAUUCAUGUCUGUCAAUCUUUUUCCUAACAUCAAUGAAAUUGUAUUAUUACCUCAUUUGAAUGAUUUAAUUUUAGACUCUAUUAAAUUUUCAACGACUGCCGAAGAACCAAUAGUGUAUUUUUACUUAAUAAGGACACUAUUCAGAAGUAUAGGAGGUGGUAGAUUUGAGAAUCUAUACAGAUCUAUAAAACCUAUACUUCAGCAUCUACUUCAAGCCUUGAAUGAUAUGAUAGUUACUGCUCGCUUACCACAUGAACGGGAACUAUACGUGGAAUUAUGCAUUACUGUUCCUGUACGUUUAAGUGUAUUGGCACCCUAUUUACCCUAUUUAAUGAAGCCAUUGGUAUAUGCUCUCCAGGGAUAUCCAGACCUGAUUUCUCAAGGUUUGAGAACAUUAGAGUUAUGUAUUGAUAAUUUGACAGCAGAGUACUUUGAUCCUAUAAUCGAACCUGUUAUUGAAGACAUCAUGGCUUCUUUAUUUAGCUUAUUAAAGCCUCAACCGUUUAACCAUACCAUAAGUCACACCACUGUUAGAAUAUUGGGUAAGUUGGGUGGUAGAAAUCGUCGUCUAUUGAAGGACACAAGUAAUCUAAAGUCGAAGGACGAAUAUGAUUCUGAAAUUGAAGCGUUGUUCAGCGUGAAUGGUAUGGUGGAAGAUAUCCCAUUCUCCAUCACUCCAGGGGUAAAGUCAGCAAUUAACAUCUUGCAAGACGAUCGUGUAGACAUCCAUUAUAAGAAAAGUGCAUAUAAGUAUGUUUCAUCUGUACUAUUAUUGAUGAUAAAAUCUUCAACAGUUUUUCCUGAUAAUUAUUCUGGAAUAAUUGAAACUAUCACAAAGAGCUCGUUCUUUGAAGAUAUCGAACAGCCACCGAAUUUUGAAUUAGAACCACUAAUCGAUGAAGUAGAAUUUAGUAAACAAGAGGAGCUGUUUGUUAAAUUAUUAGAAGGUUUAUUUUUUGCUACAUCUAUUCCAGAUGUGAAAGAGGAAGCAACAAAUGUAUUGAAUCUUUUAACAGAUCAUUUUUGUUUAUUACAAUUGAAUAGGACAUUAUCUGAUAAGAGGAGAUUUAGUACUGUUUUUAAUGUUGAUAUGAAACAACCAAAAAUUAGAAUCAAUCCUAAUGUUUUGACUAAAGCAUUACUAUUUGCUUUAUCAUAUUAUAUUUCUGAUGUUAGAGAAACAGGGUUAAAAAUAAUUGAAAGAAUUUAUACUCAGAGCAAGAUAAUUUAUACAGAAGAGUAUUAUUUAUCACACUCAUUUGUUUACGAAUUAUUGAAGCAAUUUAUUCAUCAUUGUUAUGAGGAAGCAUAUUAUGAUAAGAAUGCAGGUGUUCUAGGUAUCAAAGCUUUAUGUGAAAAUUUGCAUGUCCCAGUUGAUUUCUUAGAGAAAUACCGUUUCGAAUUAGUUGAUGCAUUAUUGUUUGUUUUAAAAGAUACACCAUAUGAGGCUCCAACAGCUAUUGUAAAAACAGCAGAGAACUUAAUAAUUGACAUUUUGUCCACUACCUGUAAAAAUAUAACAGAAAGUGAUUUGAGCAUGAAAUCAUUGCAGAACACUUUAACUGAUAUCGUUUGUGAGUUAAGUAAUGCCAAUGUACGCGUAAGAAAGGCAUGCCAAGACUUUUUAAGUGUCAUAUCGGAGCUAAGCAAUAUCCCAAUUGUGAAAUUAAUGGAUCAUUCCAAAAAUUUUUUGUUGUCUCCAAUAUUUACCAAACCAUUAAGAGCUCUACCGUUCUCUAUGCAAAUUGGAAACGUUUCAGCUGUCACAUAUUAUUUAGAGCUACCGGAUACAUUCUUAUCAUUUGAUGAAGAACUCUUUAGGUUAUUGCAAGAAACGAUAGUCCUAGCUGACGCCGAAGAUGAGUCACUUUCUACUAUGCAGAGAGUUUCUGAAUAUAAGACUUCUGAACAAUUAGUUCAGUUAAGAGUAGCUUGUGUAAAAUUACUGGCUGCGGCGCUAAAAAAUGAGAAAAUAGCAACUUCUCAACAAGGGAAUGUUAGAAUCCGUAUUUUAGCUGUAUUUUUCAAAUGCAUGCUUAAGAGUUCUCCAGAAAUUAUUGACACUACCUAUGAUGCGCUGAAGGGCGUAUUAUCUGAAAAUUCCAAAUUACCGAAAGAACUAUUACAGAAUGGUUUAAAACCUAUGCUAAUGAAUCUAUCUGAUCAUCAAAAGUUAACUGUUCAUGGUCUAGAAUCAUUAGCAAGACUACUUGAAAUCCUGAUAGCUUAUUUCAAGGUAGAAAUUGGUAAAAAGCUAUUGGACCAUUUAACUGCAUGGUGUAAAUGUGAAGUGUUAGAUACCAUUUUUGGCCAGGAUAUUACAGAUCAAAUGCCAACAAAAAUUAUAUCAAGUAUUGUUAACAUUUUUCACCUUUUACCAGCACAGGCUGACAUGUUUUUAAAUGAAUUAUUGUUGAAAGUAAUGCUAUUAGAGCGCAGAUUGAGGUUGCAAUUAAACUCUCCAUUCCGUACUCCUUUGGCCAAAUAUAUGAACCGAUUCCACGAAACAGUCACUGAAUAUUUUAAGAAAAAUAUGGGAUUGAGACAACUUGUUCUAAUGAUGUGCAGUAUCUUAAAGCGUCCUGAGGCACAUGAUUUAGCAGAUGAUUUUGAAAGAGAAUUAGAUAACUUUUAUGAGUAUUAUUUAACAAAUAUUCCAAAUAAUCAAGUUCGUGUAGUUAGUUUUUUCACUAACAUGGUUGACCUUGUUGUGACUAUUUCUGAUAUUAGAGGUAAAGGAUGGCUAAAAGACAAAGGUGAUUUAAUUGUUAAGUUAAAAAAAUUAUUUGAACUGACAUUAAAGACAAUAAAGCAAAAUUCCUUUUACAUUGAUAAUUUGCAAUUAAAUCAAGCGAUUGAGAAGUUACAAUUAUUAUAUGUACAAUACAUGGAAUUCCAUAUGGAUAAAAAAGAACUAUUAUUCGACUUUAUUGAGUUUAGUUAUUCAAACGAGUUUGCUUUAUCUUCACAUAUCGAGGACUUUAUAUUUUCUAGGAUUGUCAAAUGCGACAAUGUUGAAGAACAAAAUGCCUAUUUGAAUGAUGCCCUUCAGUUUGCUUUAAGUGAUAGAAACAUUGAUGCUGGGAUUUUCAUCCUGAAAAAUAUUGUCAAUGCCUCUUUUAUAUACGAAAGUAGGAAAUCAGGCAAUAUUGAAAAAUAUUUUGUUGAAGGUCAGAAACCUGAAUGGUAUUCCCAAAUUGAAAGUAAAGUUUGGAAGUCAUCAAAUACUGUACUAUUAAGUAAUCUAGCUGGUCAGCAUGAUAUUUAUCGUUUUGAAUUGCUUCAAAUCUCGACAGCUUUCAUCAAAUGGGCUCCAGACACCAUAUCAGAUAUUAAAAUGGAUGUUAUAAAAUUUAUAUGGCACUUCAUUAAAGUAGAAGAUACAUUGAUUAAAGAAUCAGCUUAUUUGGUCAUUUCACACUUCAUUUGUAAGUUUGAUUUGCCAGUAAAAGUUGUAACUCAAGUGUUUGUGGCAAUACUAAGAUGUACUCAGUCAGAAGCUAGAUAUCUAGUCAGACAGUCAUUGGAUAUUUUGGCCCCUAUUAUACAUAGGAGAAUGAUUGAGGAAGGUACCCCAGGUGUUUGGAUAACGUGGGUAAAGCGUGUGAUUUUUGAAAACAAUUCGAAUCAAAAUAAUGCUCUAUACAAAUUUUUGAUAAAUCACCACGGAUUAUUUUAUGAUUUAAGAGAAUUGUUUAUUUUAAAUAUAAUUCACCAUAUGAAUAAGAUCACUUUUAUUCCAAAUCCUAACCCCGAGAGUCAUACUCUAGCAAUUGAUUUAGUAGCUAUGAUUUUGAAGUGGGAAGAACAUACGAAUGAAUUGAGAUCAAAGAAAGUUGCUAUUAUGGAAAAGGAAAGUAACAUAAAGACAGACGCCGAAGGCGAUGUUGAAAUGGAUGAUAUGAUUACCUCUGAAAAUGUUACCUCUAUAAACGAUUAUAUUAUUCCAACGCAUGUUAGAGAGAUGUAUGUCGCCUUUCUAAUAAGAUACAUAUGUGCUAGCAACCACAGAGCAUCUGAAUCCGAAUUGGGACUGAAGGCAAUUUGUGUUCUGUCAUCUCUACUUUCGAAAGAUCAUUGGAAUGAUGUGACUGUGAAGUUAAAUUAUUUCGAAAAGUUUUUCAAUUAUCAAGAUCCUAGCUCUGAAAAUAUGGUUCAUUAUUCAAUGAAUGCCUUAGAUGUUAUAUAUAUACUGUUCACGAACAGAUCUCCAGAGUGGAUCAUGGAAAAUUUGGCCACCAUACAAAAAUUAUUAGAUAAAUGCAUACGUGCGGAUCACCAUGAUAUACAAAAAGUUGUACAAAAGGUGAUAAAUCUAAUUUUGAAGGCAAUAAAGGUAAAAGAAGUUAUUAUCGAUACAGAAGAAGAAACUGUUGGCAAAACUUUUGUGAAUACAUUAGUGUCCAUUAUUGACCAGGAUUUACAAGGUACAUCAUCAGUUGUUGCUGGUGUUAUGCUGGAGUGGACCUUAUUUAUGAAUUUUCCACAAAAGGUAGAUUCAUUAUUAGGUAGUACUAUGAAAACAUUUAGCAAGUUAUGUAAGGAUCAUCUAAGCACUUCACAACCUAAAGAUGCUGCUGCAAUUGAAGAGGCAAGAAUAACUACCAAGCUCUUAGAAAAAGUAUUAUGUUUAUUAUCCAAGAAGGUUUCAAACUUAGGAGACUCGCGCAGACCAUUUUUAUCUACAGUUGCUUUGUUAAUUGAUCGUUCCAUGAACCAAAACUUUCUAAGAAAAAUAAUUGUUAUAGCUAAGAAAUGGGUAUUCAAUAAUGAUCUCUUUCCAACGGUUAAAGAAAAGGCUGCUAUAUUGACAAAAAUGUUGGCAUUCGAGGUAAGAGGUGAACCAUCUCUUUCAAAAAUGUUCUAUGAAAUUAUUUUAGAAUUAUUUGAUAAGAGUAAUUUUAAUAAUACAGAAAUAACUGUUCGGAUGGAACAACCAUUUUUGGUUGGUACUAGAGUUCAAGAGGUGACAAUUAGAAAAAAGUUCAUGGAAAUUUUAGACAACAGCAUAGAGAGAGAUAUAAAAGAAAGAUUAUACUAUAUCAUACGUGAUCAAAAUUGGGAAUUUAUUGCCGAUUAUCCUUGGCUGAAUCAGGCUUUGCAGUUAUUAUUUGGUGCUCUAGAUCCUGAUUAUGAAUUGAACUUGUCCAAAUCUUUUUCUUUACCUGUUCCAACUGAAUUACAAGAUUACUCUCGUUCAAACAUUGUAAUUCCAGAAAAGGCAUCCAAUACGACUUUAGUUGAGUUCAUUGAUGGUCACAUACCAAAAAUAAAACAAUUAUGUGACAUCAAAUCUAAAGAUAUUAUUUCACCUCUAAUUGAAAUAUUCUACCAAGAUUCAUCAACUAUUCAUAAUACAUGGGUAGAUGUAUUUCCAAAAAUAUAUACAUGUAUCCCUAGAAAUGAGAAAUAUGGUUUUGUUCGUUCUCUUAUCUCACUGCUAUCAAAAGAUUAUCACACCAAGCAAUUAAGUUCGAGAACAAAUGUUAUUACCAUGUUACUUGACUCAAUCAGUAGAGUAGAUUCACUCGAACUACCACCACAUUUAGUGAAGUACUUAGCUUUAUCUUAUAAUUCAUGGUAUCAAUCAAUUAAAAUUCUAGAAGGGAUACAAGACAGUAGCACAAUUGAUAACACUAAAAUAAUCGAGGCAAAUGAAGAUGCAUUGUUAGAAUUAUAUCAAAAUCUUCAAGAAGAUGAUAUGUUCUAUGGUCUAUGGAGGCGUAGAGCAAAAUACACAGAAACUAAUAUUGCGCUGUCAUAUGAACAAUUAGGUAUGUGGGAUAAAGCACAACAAGUUUAUGAGUUAGCUCAAGUCAAGGCUCGUAGUGGUUCACUUCCAUAUUCUGAAUCUGAAUAUGCUGUUUGGGAAGAUAAUUGGGUAAUGUGUGCUGAAAAAUUACAACAUUGGGAUAUUUUAACAGAGUUGGCCAAGCAUGAAGGAUUUACCGAUUUGCUGUUGGAAUGUGGUUGGCGAGUAGCCGAUUGGAAUGCGGAUAAGGAAGCUUUAGAACAAUCAGUAAAAAGUGUUAUGGAUGUACCAACUCCUCGUAGGCAAAUGUUUGAAACUUUCUUGAGUCUACAAGAUUUCGCAAACAAAAAAACUGGUGAUCACGAAGUCAGACGUUUAUGUGAUGAAGGCAUUCAAUUGAGUUUACAGAAAUGGACCUCUUUACCUGAAAGAUUCACACCUUCUCAUAAAUGGUUAUUACACGGUUUUCAACAAUAUAUUGAAUUUUUAGAAGCUACUCAAUUAUAUACAAAUCUUCAUUCUACAACUAUUCAGAAUUUAGAUUCGAAAGGCCAAGAAAUUAAAAGAGUGUUACAAGCUUGGAGAGACCGUUUACCUAAUAUCACUGAUGAUGUUAAUAUGUGGAAUGACUUGGUAACUUGGAGACAACACGCUUUUAAUGUUGUUAAUGCCGCCUACUUGCCGUUAAUUCCUGCUUUACAGCAAGCAAGUGGUAAUAAUAAUAUCAAUACACAUGCGUACAGAGGAUAUCAUGAAAUUGCAUGGGUAAUUAACAGAUUCGCUCAUGUUGCAAGAAGACACAACAUGCCUAAAGUGUGUGUUAAUCAGUUAGCACGGAUUUACACAUUACCCAAUAUUGAGAUUCAAGAAGCAUUCCUAAAAUUGAGAGAACAAGCUAAAUGUCAUUACCAGAACUUAACUGAACUGACCACAGGUUUGGAUGUUAUUAGUAACACAAACUUAGUUUACUUUGGAACAGUUCAGAAAGCUGAAUUCUUUACCUUAAAGGGUAUGUUUUUAUCUAAGUUAAGAGCUAAUGAAGAGGCUAACCAAGCUUUUGCCACCGCAGUUCAAAUCGAUUUGAACUUGGCAAAAGCGUGGGCUCAAUGGGGUGUUUUUAAUGACAAAAGACUAUCAGAAGAGCCAACGAAUAUCAAUUAUGCUAGUAAUGCUAUCAGUUGUUAUUUACAAGCUGCUGGUUUAUACAAGAAAGCAAAAACUAGAAGAUUAUUAUGUAGAAUUUUAUGGUUAAUCAGUCUUGAUGAUACUUCAGGUGCAUUAUCAAAUGCUUUUGACUCAUUCCGUGGAGAAGUUCCAGUUUGGUAUUGGAUAACUUUUAUACCGCAGUUACUAACAUCCUUGUCACACAAGGAAGCUAAUAUGGUACGCCAAAUUCUAAUAAGAGUAGCAAAGAGUUACCCUCAAGCGUUACAUUUCCAACUACGUACAACUAAAGAGGAUUUUGCUGUUAUACAGAGACAAUCUCAAGCCGUUAUGGCUGAUAAAAGUAACCCUAAAGCUCAGUCUCCUAAUGAACAAAUUUCCCGUCAACCUUGGGAAUAUUUACAGGAAUUGAAUAAUAUUCUGAAAACAGCAUACCCACUUUUGGCCUUGUCAUUAGAAUCAUUAGUUGCUCAAAUUAAUGAUAGAUUUAAAACUACGACCGAUGAAGAUUUGUUUAGAUUGAUUAAUGUACUAUUAUUUGAUGCAACUUUCAAUUACAAUCACUUACCGUUACCAAGAGGGAAUCCUAAAUUACCUUCAAAUACUGAAGAUAAUUUAGUAAGGUUUUCAGAAACUUUACUUUCAGCUCACAUUCGUCCUAAAUUCAAUGCUGAUUUUAUCGAUAGUAAACCAGAUUUCGAAACAUAUAUCAAAAGACUUCGUUAUUGGCGUAGACGUAUCGAAAACAAGUUGGACAGAGUUCCUAGAGUUGAAUAUCUUGAAAGGUUAUGUCCACAUUUGAGUAACUUCCAUCAUCAAAAGUUUGAAGACAUUGAGGUUCCAGGACAAUAUUUGCUGAAUAAGGAUAACAAUGCACAUUUUACUAAGAUUGUUAAGUUUUUGCCAGAGGUUGAUUUCGUACGUACUACCCAUUCUUCAUACAGAAGAAUUACAAUUCGUGGCCAUGAUGGUAGUUUACACACGUUUGCUGUUCAAUACCCAGCAGUUCGUCAUUCCAGAAGAGAAGAAAGAAUGUUUCAAUUGUUUAGAUUAUUUAAUAAAACGUUGGAUAAAAAUGUUGAAACAGGACGCCGUAACUGUAACUUUACUUUACCUAUCGCUGUUCCUUUGUCCCCUCAAGUGAGACUGAUGAAUGACAGUCCUUCAUUUGUCACAAUGCACCAAAUUUAUGACCAUCACUGUGCCAAAAAUAACACUGAGCCAGAUGCUAUUCAAGAUUAUGUGUUAGAACAGUUAGAUUUUGCUCAUGAUAAGGCAUUACCAACUCCUGAUAUUACUGCUGUUAAAGUAGAAAUUUUCAGUUCUAUUCAAUCUAUGUUUAUGCCAACAACUGUUCUUAAGAAUUAUUUCUCAUCAUUGUAUACGCAAUUUGAAGAAUUCUGGCUGUUUAGAAAACAGUUUACUUCUCAUUAUGCUUCAUUUAUAUUUAUGACAUAUAUGAUGAUGAUUAAUAACAGAACACCACAUAAAAUUUAUGUUGACAAAAAAUCUGGUAAUGUAUUUACAUUAGAAAUGUUACCGUCUAGAUAUCCAUUUGAAAGAAUUAAACCAUACAUGCCUAAUAGUGAUAUUAAGUUACCAAAUGACGCUCCUAUAUUCCACAAUAAUGAGCCUGUUCCAUUUAGAUUGACACCAAAUAUACAAAAGUUAAUUGGUGAUUCCGGUUUAGAAGGUGUAUUAUCUGUUAAUAUAUUUGCUAUUUCUAAAGCGUUAAUGGAACCGGAAAAUGAAUUGAACACAUAUUUGACGUUAUUUAUUAGAGAUGAAAUUAUCUCGUGGUAUAGCAAUCUACAUCGUCCAAUUGUUGAAAACCCACAACUUCAUGAAAUGGUCCAAACCAACGUUGACCUGAUUAUUCGAAAAGUUGCCCAAUUGAGUCAUAUUGGUUCGGCGCCUCUUGUAACUACACAAUUUAUUUUAGAUUGCAUCAGUUCUGCGGUUAAUCCAAGAAACUUAGCAAAGACUGAUAUUGUUUAUAUACCUUGGUUCUAG